GGGCACGAAAUUUGCAGUUCAGUAGCACUUUAUAUCCAGCGGUCUGGUCGCACGAAAUGGAAUGGAGAGGGAGUGCUUUUUGAUCCCGGAUGAUGAUGUGCAGCGUCUAGGCUGUUGCAGGGGUUCAACUUCAGCUCUUCCUUGGAAUUGAAGGGUUCCUGUGAGGCCAGAAUUUCAGGGUCGGGUCCUCUGACACGUCUGGGUAUCCGUGAAUGUGACUCUGACUUGUGUAACCUGUCAAGUGUAACUUACCAGCUAAUCACCAGAAAUGCUGGCAAGGGUGGAUCACUCCGGCUUCAGACUGUGUAGGUCUGUUAGCGGUUUCUCACACACUGUAUUAAAUUUACUGACUCAGGUUGUUGAGUAUUCAAGACAGAAACCCGAGAAUUUUAACAGAGUAUCGUUUUGGUUGUCUAGGCCUUUGUACCUCAAAAGAUAGUGGUUAUCGAAAGGCAUUAAUCUUGGCAGUUUCAGGUGUAAUAAGCUGGUUUUGAUCAAGGGUGGGGAUGGAACCCUCCUUUUUUUUUUUUUCUUUUCUUUUCUUUUUUUUUUUUUUUUCAGAAUGGAAAGGAUCGCAGACAUUGCGAGUUCCUGGUAGGUGAGAGGCACGAAAAACAAUUCAGUUACUGGCCCGAGGUGACUGAAGCAUCUGGUGAAGGCCUCCCUUAAGACCAGAAUUUUGGUGAUGUGAGUUAUAAGUGUGGGCAUUACUUAGUGAAGGUUAUGUAAUUGCAUGAGCUCUAACAGAGCAUUCUUGAUUAAAAAAAAAAAAAAAUCAUUUCUUGGCAAAUACCAGUAAACCUUUUGCUUAAAGGUAGAGUGGUGCUGGAGUGUCUGUACGUCCUGCUAAAAAUCGUGGGGAAGAUGUGUCUUUUGAAGAUGAGAACGUGUUUUCUAUCUGAAGAGGUUUUAUUCCUUUGGAUUAUGUAGCUGUGCACAUAAGUGUGCACAGCUAAUUUUGCCCGAGUGUUUGUUUUGAGAUGAAGAGAAAAGUUACUGAAGAAGGAGCUUUGUAGCACACAAAACAUAUUUCCUUAACCUAAGUACUCAGAUAUUUAUCCAAACAUUAUUGCUAUGGGGUUUCCUGCAGAAAGACUUGAAGGCGUAUACAGGAACAAUAUUGAUGAUGUAGUAAGGUUUUUGGAUUCAAAGCAUAAAAACCAUUACAAGAUAUACAAUCUGUGUGCUGAAAGACAUUAUGAUACCGCCAAAUUUAACUGCAGAGUUGCACAGUAUCCUUUUGAAGACCAUAACCCACCGCAGCUGGAACUUAUCAAACCCUUUUGUGAAGAUCUUGACCAAUGGCUCAGUGAAGAUGACAAUCAUGUUGCAGCAAUUCACUGUAAAGCUGGAAAGGGACGAACUGGUGUAAUGAUUUGUGCAUAUUUAUUGCAUCGGGGCAAAUUUUUAAAGGCACAAGAGGCCCUAGAUUUCUAUGGGGAAGUAAGGACCAGAGACAAAAAGGGAGUAACUAUUCCCAGUCAGAGGCGCUAUGUUUAUUAUUAUAGCUACCUGUUAAAGAAUCAUCUGGAUUAUAGACCAGUGGCACUGUUGUUUCACAAGAUGAUGUUUGAAACUAUUCCAAUGUUCAGUGGCGGAACUUGCAAUCCUCAGUUUGUGGUCUGCCAGCUCAAGGUGAAGAUCUAUUCCUCCAAUUCGGGACCCACACGACGGGAAGACAAGUUCAUGUACUUCGAGUUCCCUCAGCCGCUGCCUGUGUGUGGUGACAUCAAAGUAGAGUUCUUCCACAAACAGAACAAGAUGCUAAAAAAGGACAAAAUGUUUCACUUUUGGGUAAAUACAUUCUUCAUACCAGGACCAGAGGAAACCUCAGAAAAAGUAGAAAAUGGAAGUCUAUGUGAUCAAGAAAUUGAUAGUAUUUGCAGUAUAGAGCGUGCAGAUAAUGACAAGGAAUAUCUAGUACUCACUUUAACAAAAAAUGAUCUCGACAAAGCAAAUAAAGACAAGGCCAACCGAUACUUUUCUCCAAAUUUUAAGGUGAAGCUGUACUUCACAAAAACAGUAGAGGAGCCAUCAAAUCCAGAGGCUAGCAGUUCAACUUCUGUAACACCAGAUGUUAGUGACAAUGAACCUGAUCAUUAUAGAUAUUCUGACACCACUGACUCUGAUCCAGAGAAUGAACCUUUUGAUGAAGAUCAGCAUACACAAAUUACAAAAGUCUGAAUUUUUUUUUUUAUCACGAGGGAUAAAACACCAUGAAAACAAACUUGAAUAAACUGAAAUUGGACCUUUUUUUUUUAAUGGCAAUAGGACAUUGUGUCAGAUUACCAGUUAAUAGGAACAAUUCUCUUUUCCUGACCAAUCUUGUUUUACCCUAUACAUCCACAGGGUUUUGACACUUGUUGUCCAGUUGAAAAAAGGUUGUGUAGCUGUGUCAUGUAUAUACCUUUUUGUGUCAAAAGGACAUUUAAAAUUCAAUUAGGAUAAAUAAAGAUGGCACUUUCCCAUUUUAUUCCAGUUUUAUAAAAAGUGGAGACAGACUGAUGUGUAUACGUAGGAAUUUCUCAUUUUGUGUUCUGUCACCAACUGAAGUGGCUAAAGAGUUUUGUGACAUACAGGUUCACAUCCUACCCCUCUGCACUUGUGGCAACAGAGAAGUUUGCAGUUGGCUAAGAGGAGUUUCUCGAGGGUUCCGCUACAUUCUCAUGCAUGUGUUCGGGUCGGGGAUGGAGGGAGUGCUCAGAAAGGGAUGGGUUUCACGCUGGACUCUGGACCGUAUGCCGUCUCCAGCUAUUUCCACGCACCUUUCUUUAGCAUGCUACAGUUAUUAAUCUGGACGUUUGAGGAAUUGGCCGCUGUCACUGCUUGUUGUUUUGUGCAUUUUUUUUUUUUUUUUAAGCAUAUUGGUGCUAGAAAAGGCAGCUAGAGGGAGUGAAUCUGUAUUGGGGUACAGGAAUGAACCUUCCACAACUUGUUAAGAAUCCACAAAUGAAGGGAUAUAAAAAUAAUGUGGUCAUAGAUAAGAAACACAGCAACAAUGACUUAACCAUAUAAAUGUGGAGGCUAUCAACACAGAAUGGGCUUGAAACAUUUUAAAAAUUGACAAUGACUUAUUAAAUAUGUUUUCUCACUUGUAGUGACCGCUCCAUCUCCUGUGUAAUCAAGGCCAGUGCGAAAAGUCAGAUGCUAUUAGUACCUACAUCAGUCGACUGCAUACACUUACGUUAUUAGUUUUCAAUCAUAUACCUGCUGUGGAUGCUUCAUGUGCUGCCUGCAAGCUGCUUUUUUUCUCAUUGAAUAUAAAAUAUUUUGUAAUGCUGCACAGGAAAUUUCAAUUUGAGAUUCUACAGUAAGCGUUUUUUUUCUUUAAAGAUUUAUGAUGCACUUAUUCAAUCCGAUAGCUGUCAGCCGUCCCACCCUUUUGACCUUACACAUUCUAUUACAAUGAGUUUUGCAGUUUUGCACAUUUUUUAAAUGUCAUUAACUGUUAGGGAAUUUUACUUGAAUACUGAAUACAUAUAAUGUUUAUAUUUAAAAGGACAUUAUUUGUGUUAAAAAGGAAAUUAGAGUUGCAGUAAAUUUUCAACACUGCACAAAUAAUAAGGCAUUUACUUCUUCAGUAGAAAUUGUCCCACAUAAUGCUUUUAUCGAUUUUUAUUGAAAGAAUAGAUUUUUUUUUUUUUUUUAAUGUGCAGUGUUGAAUCGUUUCUUCAUAGUGCUAGAGUUAGGACUAGGGCUUCAAUUUCACUUCUUAAAUAUCAUAUAUUUGAUAUGCCCAGACUGCAUAUGAUUUUAAGCAGAAUACAACUACUAUUGUAAAGCUAAUGUGAAGAUGUUAUUAAAAAGAAGUCCCCCCACCCCCGAAAUUUGGUGUCUUUCAAAUUCUACCCUGACCUUGAAACAUUGAAAUAUCCAGCCAAUUGAUUUCUUAAUGGUGUAAAAUCUCAUUUUCAAUAACUUCUUGGUGCUGAAAUUGUUCACUAGCUGUGGUCUGACCCUAGUUAAUUUACAAAUACAGAUUGCAUUAGGACCUAUUAGAGCAGCAUUUUUAGAGUUUGAUGGUGAACAGAUUAGGCAGAACUUCAUCAAAAAUAUUCUUGGUAUAUAUAAUGUUGACAUGUUUUCCAUACCUCAUCAGUUUCAUUCAACAAAUAAAAAAUUUUUAAAUUUUUAACAAAGCUCUUAGGAUUUACACAUUUGUAUUGAAACAUUGAUAUACAGAGAACUGAUUGCUCACCAGUUAAAUUGGUAAAGUUAGAGACAACUGUUGCUAAGAUCUCAGCAUUGAAAUUUAUAUGCCACCUUUUCUUUCGUAAAAGCUGAAAAUUGUUGACUAAAAUGAAAAUCAACUAUUCAUGUUUUGAUGAUAGUUAUUAAUACUGUUAUUUGUUACACUUUUGGGCACAGUAUAUUAUUAAAACAUAACUUGUGUUGUUCCAAUAUGUAACAUGGAGGGCCAGGUCAUAAAUAAUGACGUUAUAAUGGGCUUUUGCACUGUUAUUAUCUUUCCUUUGGAAUGUGAAGGUCUGAAUGAGGGUUUUGAUUUUGAAUGUUUCAAUGUUUUUGAGAAGCCUUGCUUACAUUUUAUGGUGUAGUCAUUGGAAAUGGAAAAAUGGCAUUAUAUAUAUAUAUAUUAUAUAUAUAAAUAUAUAUUAUACAUACUACUCCCCUUUAUUUCAGUUACCAUCCCCAUAGAAUUUGACAAGAAUUGCUAUGACUGAAAGGUUUUUGAGUCCUAAUUAAAACUUUAUUUAUGACAGUAUUCAUAAUUAGCCUGAAAUGCAUUCUGUAGGUAAUCUCUUUGAGUUUCUGGAAUGUUUUCUUACUUAGACUCUUUGGAUGUGCAGCCGCUUACAUGUCUGAAGUUACUUGAAGGCAUCACUUUUAAGAAAGCUUACAAUUGGGCCCUGUACCAUCACAAGUCCUCUGUAGCUCCUCUUGAACAUUUUUUUUUUUUGCCAUAAUUAUUAAGGCGUAGUUGAAGAAAUAGCAUCACCAUUCUUUGCUGUGGCACAGGUUAUAAACUUAAGUGGAGUUUACCGGCAGCAUCAGAUGUUUCAGCUUUAAAAAGUAAAAGUAGGGUACAAGUUACAUGUUUAGUUCUAGAAAAUUUGUGCAAUAUGUUCAUAACGAUGGCUGUGGUUGCCACAAAGUGCCUCGUUUACCUUUAAAUACUGUCAAUGUGUCGUGCAUGCGGACGGAGGGGUGGAACUGUGCACCAGAGGGCUCGAACUGCAGUGUCUGGCCCAGCUGCCUUCUACCCUGCCAGUUCAGAAGUUCAAUCUGUUUUCAUAUCGAUUAUAUAUACUAAAAAAUUUCAGUCUGUUAAACAGCCUCACUCUGAUUCAGCCUCUUCAGAUACUCUUGUGCUGUGCAGCAGUGGCUCUGUGUGUAAAUGCUAUGCACUGAGGAUACACAAAAAAAUACGAUGUGUACAGGAUAAUGCCUCAUACCAAUCAGAUGUCCAUUUGUUAUUGUGUUUGUUAACAACCCUUUAUCUCUUAGUGUUAUAAACUCCACUUAAAACUGAUUAAAGUCUCAUUCUUGUCA